CUGGCAUCGCCGUCGCUAGCGAGCCGUGUUGUCGGAAGUGACGUCGCGGGGUCCCCGGCGUCUCUGGCUGUACAGUAAUCAGCUUAGAUGUUUAUUUUUAUAAAGAAUUAAAGACACGGAAAUAAACAACAAAACUUUGGCCAUGGCGAGUGAGGAAAAGCCAGUGGUCUACACGAUGGAGAAUCGGCCUAUAGUGACGUGUGGUGGAGACCAAUCUCUCUUCUCAUCUAUUUACCAAACCUUGGUGCAGCAACUCCCAAAAGAAGCAGUUGAAUGGAGGCGGUCAUAUGGGCGUCCCCCAAAGAUGAUCAACCUUGAAGCGAACUUUGUGGCGUUCAAGGAAGAUCUGCUGCCAAAGGAGGGAAGCAAGGCCCUGCUUACAUUCCCCUUCCUGCACAUAUUCUGGACGGAUUGCUGUGAGUCGGAAGUGUACAAGGCGUCGACGAAGGAAGAGAUCACGCGUUGGCAGUCGCUGCUGCGUGCGUACAACAGCCCCGACUGGCUGGUGGUGCUAGUGGAGAAUGAGAACCGAAAGAAGAAGCAGCCCAUUGCCCUGCCACGCACCUCAAUCAUCGACAAGAUCAGAAACGACUUCUGUAACAAGCAGAGUGACCGGUGUGUCGUGCUAACCGACCCCCUGCGCGACUCGAGUAAAGCGCAGGAGUCGUGGGCCUCCUUCGUGGCGAAGCUGCGCACGCUGCUGCUAAUGUCGUUCACGCGCAACCUGGGUCGCUUCGAGGAUGACAUGCGGGCACUGCGGGAGAAGCGCACGCACCCCUCUUGGAGCUUCUGCCACUACUUCAUGGUGCAGGAGGAACUAGCGUUUGUGUUCGAGAUGCUGAAGCAGUAUGAAGAUGCACUGGUGCAGUACGACGAGCUCGAUGCUCUCUUCACUCAGUACGUCGUCAACUUUGGUGCCGGAGACACCGCCGAUUGGUUGUCAAGCUUCCGUCGGCCAGUCAGCAGCUGGGUGGGCCUGGCACUGUGGCGGCCGAUCGACAUGGGAAAACGAGAGGCGGUGCAGACGGGGCAGGCUUCGCUGCUCGAUCUGCGCAGCUACCUAUUCUCGCGCCAGUGCACGCUUCUCUUCUUCCUGCAGCGGCCUUGGGAGGUGGCGCACCGGGCCCUUGAGUUGCUGCAUAACUCUGUGUUGGAGUUGCGCAUGCUGGAGAUCCAAAUGCCAGUGGGUGCGGUUGAUUGCUGGGUCUACAUCAGCUGCCUGGAGGUGCUGCAAAGGAUCGAGACGUUCUGCGACACCAACCAGAAUGACUCGUUCGCUGCUUAUGCGGCCGGGCUGCGGGCAUACGCACGGGAAAAGCUCCAAGGCCUGGGCUCUCUGUGUGGCCUUAUGUCUCCUAAUGGCCCAGACUCGGAGGAGCUGAACCGCACAGUGGACCUGCUGGCUGGCCUGCGGGAUGACGACGAAGACAGUCCAAGCAACAUUAACAACCCUGGAAAGAAGCUAAGAGAAGCCCUGUCUUCAAUGGAAGCCUAUGAGAAGCAUUACAUGGAGCUGUCGGAGAUUGCAAUGGGGACAUACAAACACAUAGGGAGGAUUCGUUCAGCCCGACUGAUAGGCAAGGACCUGGCGGAGUAUCACAUGAGAAAGGGGGAGCCGCAAAAAGCCGAGGCAUUCUUGUAUGAUGCGCUGAAGACAUACCGAGACGAAGGCUGGACGCUGCCCGUCACACACACACGCAAGCAGAUUGCCACUUGCCAGAAGCAACUGGGAAACACCACCAAAUACCUGGAGAUGUGCAGCCUCCUGGCCAGUGAUCUGAACCUGCCUGUGGAUGAGAGGGAGUCUUACUUCAAGGAGAUCCUGGGGUCCAGUGGUGCAGAGGAACAUGGCGAAAUCCUCCUGCCUCUUGAGCCGGUGCUGCAGCUGUCGAGCGUGCGCUUUACCCCGGCCUCUGCGCUCGUCAACCUCAACGGCACGCUCGUUCUGCAGCUGGUGCUCGUCAGCCGGCUUCCCACCAGUGCCAACUCCACCGCCAUUUCCAUAGCGCUUGCUCAUGAACCGCGGCCUGGCUCCACCGCCGCCACCGGGGCUAUCGGCAUCACGCCCCGUUACCCGGAUGGGCGAGUCGUGUUCCCGGGAAACGCGGCGACGGACUUGCCCGUGCGCCGGCAGCUCCCGGCAUUGAUCGACGUGUGCGAGCUCAGGGAGAAAGGCCCACAGGCGGAUGCCCCACUGGUGUCAAGCGGCGUCGUAUGCCGCAACUCGCACAUGCUGCUGCGCCGUCAGGACUCCAACACGUCCUCAGGCCGCGGUGCUGAUGUUACGAGGGAAGAGGCAUCACGCUCGCUCAGGGCUGCUGGCGUGCAGCUGAGGCCUGGAAAAAAACACCGUCACCCUCUCUGCCGUGGUGAGAGCAAAAGCGCCAUCGUGGAAGUCCUCUACAGAGUCACAGAGUCUGGCUCGUUCACACUAAGGCAGCUUUGCGUGCAGCUGGGCCGCGUGCAUCUCCUGUCACGUCGCCUCUAUCCUCCACUGCAGUACGACGUCUAUUCACAGGAGCCACAACUCAACCUGCUGCCCUCGCAUGAGCCACUGCUAGCGGGUGUGCCACAAGAGCUGACUGUGACCGUGAACACCGGCUGCUACUCUGUGCGUGGGGGUGACGCCUUGCAGCUCAGCCUCCCAGCCGGGCUGCUCAUCCUUAACUCUGGCAAGAACACGGCACGCAUCAGCACCGAUACUGGCGAGGAGCUCCCGGAUGCCGUGUUCACGGUGUCUCCCUCGGAGCGCAUCGUGAGCGUCAACCUCCCCGCUACGCCGUGCUACCACACUCUGCGCUUCAGCCUGCGCGUCGCCUGUGCACUGCCGCUCGCCGCGGCCGGCGGAGCAGACGGGCAAGAUGGAGCACCAGCGGAUAAAGUGGAGUCACGAAAGGCGGGCGGUGGUGCUGUCAUCGAAGCAGACGUUCUUGAUCAGAAGAUCUCUAUUGACAGUCCCUGGUCCAUCUACUCCACGAUCGUUCCCCUGGCAUUCAAAGUUCCCUUCCGUACGCGGCACUCUCUGCUCACGGCUGGGGAGAGAAAGUUUGUGCAGGUGUGCCUGAGCAACAUGACUGAGGUCGCGUUCGUGUUGCGCGACCAUCAUCUGGGCGAUGUGACGACUCCUGAUGGUGAUGACGGCUGCCAGAGUGCCCAGCUGAAACCUGUCAACCCACUGAGCCACAAUGUUGUCCUGGGCGGGCAGAAAAUGUGGUUCGUCUGGGAGCUUUUGCCUACGUCUCCAGCCACACCACUGCGAUGCCACUUCUCUGUGGGCUUCUGGCCGGAGGAGGGAGCCCCGGGCAGCCCCUCUGCUGGCCAUCCGAACCAUGACAGUCCCCUUGAAGACGUGGACAGCGCCCCUGGGGGCCCUCCUGGUCCCACCACCACCGCCGCAUCCGCUGAACCCAGCAGGCACCGCUACGAGUUCACGCUUAGUGACUUUAAGACUCUGUACGUGGUUCUAUCUGAAGUGCGGCCACCUCCUGGCUUUGACGCAUGCCGUAUGGGCGAGCUGUGCUCACUGGAUGUGAGCAUUACGCGGCUACAGAGAGGAGGCGCUGCCACCGAUGAGGAAACCCCGAGCAGCCAGCUGCUCUACCAAGUGGCUGACAACUGCAGCAAUUGGGCUGUGUGCGGCAAGAGCUCGGGGCUAGUUCAGCCUGCUCCCCGGCCAGGCACGACCCACUCUCUGCAGCUACAGCUGAUGCCGCUAUUUGCAGGGAAGCUACCCCUGCCCGACGUGAGGCUGGCACGGUUACUGCCAUCGCAGGAUGCACCCGCCCCUCCCUCUCUGCACCCAGACAAUGUGCCAGACGGAGAGGGCGAACAUGACGACGUGGGAGCAGCAGUGUUGCCCAGUGACACGGACAGUGUGCGCAGCCGGUGGUCUGGGGGCAGCGCGGGUAGUGGUGGAGCGGCUCUGCUGGGCAGCUCCUUCCCGCUCGUGCCCCGGUUGCAACAGUUUGCAGCAGGGCAGGUUUACCACGCUAGCCGUGCUGCGCAAGUGCUGGUGCUGCCGGCACAUGACCACAGCCUCCUGGACGUCACGGCACCGUGACAAGCGCUCCGAUGUCACCGCUCCCAGUUUGUGCAGUUAAGUCUCUCAAUGGGAAAUAUACGAUUGCACUGGCACAAGCCAGGAUGGGAGAGUCACGGUAUGAGUAGUUUUAUACUGAUUUGGCAUGCUGAUCUGUAAACAAUCCCUCGAUACACUGGCUUUGGUUCCCAAGCCAAAUAAGAGACAAACAGGGCAAAGGGGAUAGGGCUAAUGGCUAGAGCAUCACCACAUCAUUUGUAGCAUUUGCCAACGGUGCUAAUUGGUGGUGUGAAACCUCUUGAUAGGAUUGUCAAUGAACCACAUUUUGCUCGUCUCCAGAUGCAACUUCAGUGUGAUACCAUGGCCACCAUUUUAAAUACAUGGCUCUGCCUGAGCUAUACUGGGCAAGCUCAGCCCUGAUGAGGCUAAGGUUGUGCAGUGGAAGUAAUUUACAGUUGUCAUGUGGCUCAAUACCAUUUCUGAUCCUGUGUUUGAAUCUGGAAAUUCUGAGAUCCAAUUGGAUUCUCAAGUUUAGUAAAUGGUCACAGCCUAGUAACCAAUGAUUGGACAUGAGGUUUUUUUUUAAUUUGAUUGGUCUUGGUCUUUUUGCAUAUAAUUUAAAAAAAUAGGACAUGCAACACUUUGCAAGACAUUGUGGGGCCUUUAAUGUGGAAAGGUGCGACUAUCUUUGGGACACCUUGAUUCUAUUCUUUAGGCCUUUUGGUAAAGUCACGUAGGUUCAAAGGAAAUAACUACGUUUUGAUCGCAACACAAGCGGUCGUCAUCAGAAGGGUAUUAAGCUUCUAAAGGCAAACUUUAUAAAGGUUUGAGAUGGGCGUAGCCCAAAUGUCAGCAGCAUGGGCAGGGCAGCUGUUAAUGUAAAUGGUGGACGGCGACUGCGAAGGUGGUGGGUUUUCCACCAAUUGAAGGGCUGCCAGGUAAAAAAUGAGCAUGUUAAUGUAAGAUCAGUGAGCAGCCUCCACGCUGAGGUGGCUAUGUUAAUGAGAUCAGCGUGUGAAUGGCAGUUGGUAGGUGCGCGAAGGCAGCUGUGCCAGACAUUUAACCAGUUAAUGUAAAAUCAGAGCCCAAAAAAUAACUAUUGGAAGGUGGUAGGAUGGGAUCACAGCCAGUUAUGACAAACUGGUUGAUAACAUCCUUUCAAUGAUUGCUCAGUUUGUACCCAUCUCAGUUGAAAUUGGCUAUAUAUGGAUGGCUUCAUGAACAAACCUUUGUUGAUAGCCAAAGAAUGAAUUCCUGCAAUCACGAAAGCUUUAAGUCAAGAUUUAACCUUGAUGCUAUCUAGUUAGAAAAGUGGCCAAAAACAGGGCUAUUGGAUUCAACAUCUUCACUGAAAAGGGGUUUUCAUCUCAUGGCAACACCAUAUAGCAUGUAUUGUUGGUCAGCUUGUUAUAUAGACCUGCUCCCUUGGUGUCAGGACUCAAGCAUCAAUUUGCUGUUGUGGUGCAUGUAGAACCUAACCUCUAAUGGCUGCAGGGGACCACGUGAACCAGUCAGUGUACAUAGACAAUUAAAGCUCCCUUUGCUAGGCCCAGUCGGUUCCAAAUAGCUUUGCACGAUUUAAGGCUGGGACAUCCUUAAAACUAAUUGUGAUGUAAUUGAGCUGUUGCAGCCUGAAUAAAGUUUCAAGCCCAUUAAAAAUUAGUUUUUAUCAUACUCUGGUUCUUUUAGUAAAGUCACGUAGGUGACUUAGGAUAUCUGACCAAAGCUUGUUAAAAUAAUCAUGCUCAUCAGUUCCCUCAAAGCCCAUAUAGCUACUUAUGACAAGAGCUGUGCCAUGCCAUUCCUGGAACAGCCUGUUACUCAUGCAAACCUAGAUCCAAUGUCUUCCGAAUUACUAUUUCUAAGCUAUUCAUUGGAUGAAACUCGCGUGUCACGCAGGAACAAUUUUAUCCAUAGAUGGGGCCCGAGGUAUAAGGGUAUUCAUGUUAUAGAUAAUUACAAAUCUAGUGUGGAUGUCUUGUGUAAGAAUCACAUUUCAAAAGGCUUGUACACUGCAUAUUCACAAAUAAUUAAUAUACAUUUGUUCUUCGUGUCCCUAUUUAUCAUGAGUGCAUGCCUAAGAGGAAAGUGUUGGAUGGAUGUCAGGCACCAAUUAAUAACUGCUCAUUCUACAUUACUUUUGCAGUGGCACUGAUCACUUUCUUGCGUCAUUUAAGCGACCACUGAUGAAUGGAUCAGGUUAAGUCAUGUAUAAGUGCUUUGGAAGUAUCAAGUACUCCCAUACGUUUAGUCAGAUCCGAAUGGGAAAUAACUCUGGAAAUGGCUAAAUAUACUGGGUUUUCUUCACGUUUGAAUGAGCCACAUGUAUUUACAGCCCUUUAAACAUUCUGUAAAUGAGGCACGAAUAGCUAAAUAAGAGAUCAAAAUUACUGAGCACUGUCCCAAUUCCUUUCGCAGGUCACAUUCAAACACCACAGCAUUAUCCAAUGUGCAUGUCAACAAAGUAUGAAGAGAAAGCCCUUAUCAAGUGUCGACAGGUCAGAAUAUAUUUCACUCGUACCACAGUGAUUGAAAUCUAUUCAGGACCUUUUUAAAGGUGGUUGAUCUCAUGUGGCUGUGAGCCGUGUGAAGAUUUGUCCCACAUUCAUUAAUCCAGGAAAAAUCUAUGGGAGAGUGGCUUUGAUUGGAUGUAAGAUCACAAUAAAGGGUUCAUUUUGCA